GUCAAUAUACAUGAGUCAUUUUUUCUCUCUCUAUAUCAUGAUGCGUCAGAACGCAUGAAGCCAUCUCUCCCCAUGGAACAGUGAAAACAGAGAGCCCAGGCUCCAGAAUAUCACCAGACAAAGAUAUAAGAAGGCCCAUCAGUUCACCUCACUUUCUCGACAGAGGGAUCAUCAACACUCAAAACAGUGAACUACCCAGAGGCAACCGAAUACAAAACAGGCACCCUAACUCUAGACCCCAAUUUGCUUCACAAUGUCAGACCGCAAGAGAGUCUAUUACACCUGGAAGACCAUCGAAGCCUGGGAAAGUAAUGAUAAGCAAGCGACAGAGAUAAUCAAGGCGGACACGAAGCAAGAUGUAUGGAUCUGCAAUAGAGCCCUGCCUCCCACCUGUUAUCCCCCGCCUAUGACGACCGAAGGAAUCGACAAAUUGAAGGCGCUGGACGAUAUAGUUGUUCAAGAGAUCGAGGAAGAGUAG